GCCCUGCUCGCCCGCCGCCGGUGCCGAGCUCCGGGCCUCAGCUCCAGCGCCGGGGCAGCGCUGCCUGCGGCCGCGGGGGAGCGCAGCGGAGCCGAGCGGAGCGCAGCAUGCGGGGCAGGGGCUGCAGGCGGCGCCGGGGCCGGCACCGCGCUCCCCGGACAUGAAGCGGCCAUCGGAAGCUCCAGCAACGAGUGCAAAGCUAACUGCACAAGUUAUCUGUGGCAAGGAGCACUGGGAGACAGCUAAAAGACAGUGACAAUGUCUUUAAACUGGCAGACACUUCCUACCCGACUUGGAGUUUUUAAAGUGAGCUGCAGAGGACUCGCCUGCCUCUUGGUCUUCACCGUGAGUGUUUGUGGCAGUGCCCCGGGGAUGUGUCCAGCAGCCUGCAUCUGUGCCAGUGACAUCGUGAGCUGCACAAAUAGGAACCUCACUCGAGUGCCAGCAAACCUUUAUAAAUGUAUCAAAAGGCUGGAUCUGAGUUACAACAGAAUUGGGAUUUUGGAGCCUGAAUGGGUCCCAGUGCUGUCUGAGAAACUGAACACUUUAAUAGUCAAUCAUAAUAGCAUUAGCAGCAUUAGCAUUGGGAGCUUUUCCAUGACUCCGAACCUGAAGUAUCUAGACUUGUCAUCCAACAGCCUGAGAACACUGAGCAGCCCUGUGUUUCAUGAGCUAAAGGCGCUGGAGGUUCUCCUGCUGUACAACAAUCAAAUAACACACAUCGAGUCUUUAGCCUUUGGAGGAUUGUACAAAUUGCAGAAGCUGUACCUAAGCUACAACUUGGUCUCACAUUUCCCACUGGACUUAUAUGUUGGAAAACACAAACUGACAGACCUUGUGUUGCUGGACAUUUCCUUUAAUCGCAUCCAGACGAUGCCUAUUCAGCGCCUGAGUUCAGUGCCAGCCAAACAACUUAGUGGAAUUUAUCUUCAUGGCAACCCAUUCUAUUGUGACUGUGUCCUGUACUCCAUGCUAAUCUUCUGGUAUCAAAGGCAUUUCAGCUCAGUGGUGGACUUCAAAAAUGAGUACAGCUGUUUGUUGCAGUCAGACCCAAGAGGUCACAAUAAACUGCCUUUGCUGCACGACAGCUUUAUGAAUUGCUCUGAAAGCACCGUCAACAGCUCUUUCCAAGCCUUUGGGCUUAUUCAUGAUGCCCAGGUUGGUGACAGGCUGAUUGUACACUGUGACAGCAGAAUCAGCGAUACAGGCACACAGUUUGUUUGGGUUAGUCCUGACAACAGAUUGCUGGAGCCAGACAGGGAGACCGAUAACUUCAAGGUGUUUCCUAAUGGCAGCCUGGAGAUAACGGAUGCCCAGCUAGAGAACUCAGGGCUGUAUUCCUGCAUUGCAAUAAAUAAGAAAAGACUAUUAAAUGAAACCAUAGAGGUCAGAAUAAACGUUAGCAAUUUCACAGUGAACAGGUCCCACGCUCAUGAAGCAUUUAAUACAGCUUUUACCACCCUUGCUGCCUGUGUGGCCAGUAUUAUUUUAGUGCUGCUGUAUCUCUAUCUGACCCCCUGCCCGUGUCAAUGUAAGGGAAAGAAGAAGAAGAGGAAGCUGAACCAAAGCAGUGCCCACCCAUCCAUACUGAAUUCCGCGCUGCCGCAGGAGCUGCCAGCUGACGAGAAGAAGGCAAGCACUGGGAAACGGGUGGUGUUCCUGGAACCCGUGCACGAGCCCAAACAGAGUCAGAAUGGGAAGGUAAAACUGUUUCCUAACGACAGUGUCGUUACAGAGAGUAUCUUAAAAACUACUCGAACAAAAUCUGACUCUGACUCUGUCAACUCUGUGUUCUCAGAUACACCUUUCAUGCCACCAGCUUAGUUUGCUGCCUGUGUUUGUAUCGUGCAGUUCCCUUUCUGAAUACCUCCUUUGCCUGUAGCAAAACAUCAGGACAAACAAAUAAAAAGAGAUAAAAUGUUUUAAAAAA